GGAGGAAGCAGGGAGGGGGUUGGGAGCUGUGGGCCAGAUUGAACCAGGCCCUCCUACUACACUGGCCGCCAUGGGGCUAGGACAGCUGAUACCAUUGCUACUGCUCUGGAUUCAGGGAACUCACGGGUCUGAGCUAGACCCCGGUGGGCAGCACGUCUGUACAGGCAGCAGCCCCUCUGAGCUCCAGUGCUGUCCAGGCUGGAGGCAGAAAGAUCAAGAAUGCACCAUCCCCAUCUGUGAGGGGCCUGAUGCCUGCGGGAAAGAUGAAGUGUGCGUGAAGCCAGGUCUCUGCCGAUGCAAACCUGGAUUCUUUGGGGCCCAGUGCAGCUCCCGCUGCCCAGGCCAGUACUGGGGCCCCGACUGCCGUGAGUCCUGCCCCUGCUACCCACAUGGCCAGUGUGAACCGGCCACGGGCAUGUGUCAGUGCCAACCCACUCACUGGGGCAGACUCUGUGAGUUUCCAUGCACCUGCGGUUCUCACGGUCACUGCGACCCCAAGACGGGCUCCUGUCACUGCGACCCUGGCUGGUGGUCAUCCAAGUGCCUCCGCAUGUGCCAGUGCAACCAUGGGGCACGCUGCGACCAGGCCACAGGAACCUGCCUAUGCCCAGUGGGCUGGUGGGGCCGCCGCUGCAGCUUUAGCUGCAACUGCCACAAAUCGCCCUGCAUGCAGGAGACAGGCCGUUGUACCUGCCUGCAGGGCUGGUGGGGUUCCAACUGUCGUCAGAAGUGUGAGUGUGAGCGUGGCCAAUGCAGCGUCAACUCCGGCCAGUGCUCCUGCCCGCCUGGCUUCCAUGGCACCCGUUGCGAGCUGCCCUGCAGCCCUGGCCGCUAUGGGGUGCAAUGCACUGAAAGCUGUGGCCACUGUAAGCUGAAUACAACAUGCUCUCCAGUCACUGGCAGCUGUGAGUCCUGCAAACCGGGCUGGAACGGGACACAGUGCAAGCAGCCAUGUCCACCUGGCACCUUUGGAGAGAGCUGCCAUGAGCAGUGCCCUCACUGCCGGCUUGGGGAGCCUUGUCAUGCAGAAACUGGGCACUGCCAGCGCUGUGACCCUGGUUGGCUGGGGCACAGGUGUGAAAACCCCUGCCCCCUUGGUACCUUUGGGGAGGACUGCAGAUCUAUCUGCCCCACCUGUGUUCAGGGGACCUGUGACGCCGUGACAGGGAAAUGUGUCUGUAGUGCCGGCUACUGGGGGAACAGUUGUAACAGUUCCUGCCCAUCUGGUUUCCAUGGAAACAACUGUUCUAUCCCCUGCCAGUGCCCAGAGGGGCUCUGCCACCCUGUGACUGGAGCCUGCCAGCUAGGCCACCAUGGCAAGACUGCCCUCAUCACAGGCAUCCUGGUACCUCUGCUGCUCCUCCUGGGCAUCACCUGCUGUAUCUACUGCUGCUGGGCUACCCAACCGAACCCCAAGGACAGGCCAGAGAGAGAUGGAACUGCCUUAUUCAGGAUGAAGCAGCAGGUCUGGGGGGCACUGACCAGCCUGGGCUCUGCUCUACCCUGUGGCUCCCUCAGUAACUACAAGUUACCCUGGGUAACAGUUUCUCAUCACGACCCGGAAGUCCCCUUCAACCACAGCUUCAUUGAGCCACCCUCUGCUGCCUGGGCCUCUGAUGAUUCCUUUUCUUCUGAUCCUGACUCUGGAGCAGAGGAUGAAAGUCAUGCCUACUUCAUGCCACCCCGAGAAGAGGUGGCCCCUGUGGCCCAGGAAGAAUCACCAGAGGCCAGCCUGACUGGAGGCCCCUUCCCUCCCCCUGAGGAUGCCUCCACACCAUUCCCUAUCCCACGCACCUCUAGUUUGGCUCGGGCCAAGCGACCAUCUGUCUCCUUCGCUGAAGGCACCAAGUUUGCACCACAGAAUGGCCAAAACUCUGAGGAACUCUCCAGCCCCAUACGAAAACCCAAGAGACUCUCCAGGGGAGCUCAGCCACGUCCUGAAGGCCAAGAGGCUGAGGAGUCCACAGGCAUAGAGCAAGCAAACACAGAGGACAAUGUUCCUACUGCUACCAGCCACAGGGAGGCUGCCACGAGCCACCAUCAGCUCCCACCUGGUGGCCCAACAUUGGCUGAGUGUGUGGAAACCACUGAUGGCAGAAUCCAGGAGAUCCCAGGCUCUGUGGCCACAAUCUACAUGCUGGCAGGGACACCCCAGAGAUCUGAGGGCUCUGUCUGGUCUGUCUUCCGACGAGUGGGAAACUUCCAGAAAGAUCAGGCAGAGCCCAAAGUCAAGAGUGUCAUCCCUAAGCCUCUGCGCCGAGCCCUGGGUCGGAAUCAGGGUAGCCCUGGGCUGUCCCAGACUUCUGGCUUAGCCCUGGGUGCCACUGUCCCUGGAACCAUGGAGUCCACAGGAGUUCGGCCAGAGGAAGCAUCCAGGGGUCUGGGGGAUGGCAUUGAGAGCUUAGGGGUAGUCCUGGAGCCAAUCUCUGGGAACAGCCUCCUGGAACAGGGUCCCUGGAAGCAGGAUGAAGAGGAGGAACCCCUAUAUGAGAAUGUCAUACCCAUGUCUGCACCACCACAGCACUGAGGACCUUGAACUUAGGGAGUGGGAAGACAGUAUAUGGGGUUGUGAGGAGGGGGAGACACCAGAACCGACCACAGACCAGAUUGUGCUUUGUGCUGAGAAAUGAUCCCAAGGCUGAGACAGAUUGAGCAUAGCCUCUGUCCUGGAAGAAGCAGGGGUUAGAGGCCGCUUGGUUAUGGAUCUUGCCCUGGUGAUCCUGGUAAUACUCCCAGGUAGGUCUGGAAGGUCUGGGCGAAGACCUUACAGGAUGGGGUCAGGAAGGAGGAGGAGAUGGCUGCAGGGACUUGUCCGGAUUCUGCCCCAAGACUGUUCUUUUCAUCAUGUGCAAAACAGUGUUUUUCUAAAAUGGGAAACAACAUAAAUGUGUGAUGAUAAAGACUGAUUAAAUAAAUAUUUCUUUUUUUAAGUAUUAA